CUGCAUUGAGGCAUGAGGCGUUGUCAGUCAUGUCCGUCACGCCCAUUGAACUCAUUAAGCCACUGGUUUCCGCCCUCCUGUUCAUGCAUGCCAAGGAGCUCAGUGCAUAAUCCAAAGCCAGCGUGUACAUGUACAGUUAGCAUGUACACGAGUCAGUUAGCAAGUCACCGAGCCUUCCGCGGACGACGUUUCUUUCACACUUUCACCCCUUCUGUGGGCGUUUGACGCGAACCUUCUUCCUCCCUGAAGUCAAAUUGCACACACACACGGAGACAAGGGCCUGCAUGGGUGUUGAGACGUACUUUGUUUGGGUGCGGGCAUCAGCACGUCUGGCGGAAACCCAAACAAAGUGUGACCAGCACUGCCACUGCUCGACAUCUGACACAUAACACAUACCAUGUACUUGAAUGACAGAGACCAAAACUCGAGCCGGUCGCAUGCCCACCUGUGCUUGAGUUAGCUCUCCACCGAAUGCAUCCCUUGGUGGGGGCUGGCCGAACGGAUUUGCCGAACCGGAUGGUGCCUGGGGUUGCCGAGGCUACAAGAAAGGAAAGUAGACGAGACAAACAGUCAAACAGUCAAAUAGGUGCGGGGCCAUACUCCCACGUGGCUGAAUAUGCUGCUCUGAGUAGCACCGCUUGUUGUUCGCUGGCCGAAGGCUCCACCACCGAACAGGCUGCCCCCUGUUGAUGCUGACACCCCACCAAAGAAAGACACGCCUGAUCGAUACACGUACACGUAAACACGCGAGUGCUCCAUCACUCACCACUUGUUCCAAAAAUACUGCCUCCUGAAGUGGUGCCAGCCGCAGUGCCACUGCUGCUGCCGAAAAUGCUGUCUUCUGUCUGCGGGAGCGUAUGCGCGAAUGAAGAGAGGCCCGUAGUAGCAGCACCAGCAUUGUUGACACUCGACAGCCCCCCAGCUCCCGUCGAUGAAGCGCCAAACAGAGACGAUAGCGGUGGCCCACUCACUGAUCCAAAUGUGGCUCCCGCAAACAGCGCGCCGCCACUGGUCGACGGCAGCGCAGAAGUCGAUGUCAUGGAUGAUAGGGUAGUGUAGGUGCCGAAUAGGGUUUCAGUGCCCAGGAAGGGUAUGUAGGCGGGUGCUACUGCAGGUGUGUCCACAACACACAGCAUGGCCUGUGUGUGCACAUGUGUUUCAUGUUUCAUUUGCAGGCCCCCCCGCUGCUAGUACCUGCGCCACUGCCAAACAGGCUGCCCGUCGACGCGCCUCUCCCCAACAGAGACCCACUGCCUGACCCCGCCCCUGCCCCUGCAGCAGCAGCAGCAGCAGCAGCAGAGGCAGUCUCUGCCACGGCCGUACCGAACAGACCGCCGCCUGUGGAUGAUGCCUUGGCAGGUGCGAAUAGGCUGGUGGCAGGUGUGAUUGUCGACUGCGAUGCGGGUGGUGCUGUGGGGGGCGCGAAGAGCCCGCCAGCACCAGACUGUGCCUGGGUAGUUGUGGCUGCUGCGUUCCGGGAAUGUCCAAGCUCUGCAGGCGAUAGAAUGUCGACGGUAGGCGAGUUGGGCACCGAAGGCGACGUCGGCUUGCCCGGCAAUGUGAUGGUGUCUGCAGCAAAUAAGCAGCUUACUUAGCUGCGUGUGUAUAUGCAAGCCCCCUCGUACUCGCAUCUUGAUUGGCCACAGGAGAAGGAUUCGGUGUGACUGGUCUGGGUGCGCCGGUCAAGGCGGCGAGGACCUACAACAAAUGACGCAGCCAUGUAAUGGGCCGAGUCUGUUCCUGCGUGCGCAUCAAGCAAAAACCUGCUUGGCUGUCGGUCGCUUGUUGGGGUCUUUCUCGAAGCACAUCUGAGACACCAGCCCAUGUCUCUAAGCGAUGAGGUCUUCUUGAGGCCUCUGCAAGUACCAGAAUGAUCUGUCGCACUUGGGGAGGGAACAGCUUGCCAGUGGGCAGCUCAGGCUGUCAAUGAAAUGAAAUGAGGAAAUGGGAUGAGACAAAGAUAAACUGACUAAUGUGCGGCUAGAAAAAGAGCCACAAAAGACCUUCACUCCCUGCUCGGGCAGUCUCUUGGCUUGCUCCGCAGCCUGCUGGGAUUUCAAUCCACCAGCUCAGCAGCGAAUGGCCUCUUUCCUGCAGAGAGAGCAAGGCAAUGGGAGGGGAUGAGUGAGUAGGUAGGCUGCAUCUCACCGCCAAGAAUCUCCACCUCAACACACCCCAGAGCCCAAAUGUCGGUAGCAAAAUUCGGUCGGACGUCUGCAACAUACAAUGACAGCUACAGAGAGAGACGAUAGCAACAGUGGAAACUUACUUGGGUCGUAGGUCUCGAGCGGCAUAUAGCCGGGUGAGCCCGCACCUACAUACGGCGGGUGCGUGUCUGUAUAAGUAUGUCUACUCAUGUGUAAAGCACUCACCUAAGGUGCUCGCUAUACUGGUGCCCUGCACGAAUCUCGCGAGCCCGAAGUCGGUGAUCUUAACGUUGCCUUUGGCGUCGACCUGAGUGAGGAGACAGCAUAAUUGGAUGAGGGCUAUUCACAUCGUCAGGGCUGUGGCGCUUACGAGUAUGUUGGCUGGCUUGAGGUCGCGAUGGAUGACCUUGUGUGCGUGAAGGGUAACAACGCCCUCGCAAACCUACACACACAAAGGUGGCCGGACUAGCCAGUCUCCACACAGCGAUAUACCUGCACGGCCAGUUUCUGACGGAUGCUGUCGUCGAGACGCCCGUCUUUAGCCAGCCGCUCGAGAUAUUCGUCCACUUGGCCACCAAUGCACAGCUCUGAGAGACAGAAGGCUCAAUAUUAAAUCAAGGGUAGGACGCAGAUGUUCGAAUAUGCCUGUGACGAUAAUAGGCUUCCCCUUGCUGCCGGGCGCAACUCCGAAAAAUGUGAUCAAGCGAGGAUGACGGACGCGCGAAAGGACGUUUAUCUCCUUUUUUGCGUCCUCCAUCGAUGCCCUGUCCUGCACAGACGACACAUUGUUCCCGUGUGACCAUUCGCCCCAUCGGCGUGACAUUUCCCCACAAUCGCUCACCAGCAUCUUGGCGGCCACAGAUCGGCCCUUCCACUUGGCUUUGAGCACGGUACCGAUUGCACCCGAACCUGCUCAACAGAAGCCAUCUGUCCAAGUACGCCAUCGACUGCUGCAUCCCGUACCGAGAACAUUGUCAAACCCAGCCUCGAAUACCAGCUCAUGAGGCUCGACGGCAAGCUCCUUGCCGUCGUCGUAUGACACCAUUUUCUUGCUCUCCAAGUCACAUCUGUUACCAACCUACACGCACAUACACAUACACACAAGAAAGACCGUACGUGUGGUUGUGCGUGUGUUGGGAGGCAGCCUCUUACCAGCAAUCUGUUGGCGUUGUCAUCGGUGAUUUCUGCAAUCCACUUCUUCACGUUCAGGAAACUCUCCUUAUUCGUCACGUCAUACACUAUGAUGAAGCCUGCACGCACCGACAACACACACGCACACUUCUGUCUCUCUGUAAGUCUGCAUGGCGACUGGCUGACUGCCUUUGUAAUAGCGCAAAUGGAGCCCAUAUUGUCGCCCUGUCUGUCUGCAUAUUGACUAGCGGGUGUCUUCACCAUGAGCGCUUCUGUAGUAGGAUGCGGCGAUGGAGCGGUUUCGCUCCCGCCCCGCGGUAUCCCAUAUUUCGAGCUUGACGAUUUUGCUGUCCACGUCGAUAGUCCUGUACCUGACCUCAAGGCCAAUAGUCGGUAUGAAACUGUAAACAGCCACGCCACCAGAUCUGGCAAGAUCCAUUAUGUGUGCGCGCAUGUGUGGUGAUCUGGUGGUACCUGUCAGUGUAUGUAUCUUCCGUGAACCUCUGGAAGAGACAGGACUUGCCCACGCCGCUGUCUCCGAUCAGCAACACCUUGAACAGAUAGUCACUUCCGUACAAAGACACAAACACACCAUCACACACAACACAGAGAGGAAGCAAGAUGCAAGCAGGCGCACCACACAGAGCACAGCAAUCAGCAAUGUGGUCCGUCAGUGUUCGUUUACUCUUCAGAACUCAUGACGACCACCAACGCCACACCAACAAACUCACUCUAAGGCUGAUGCUGACCUACCUGUCAGGAUUGCCAGCUUGGCAAGAC